ACGACAAUUUGCGAUACUCGACCGCUGAUAUUCGUCGGCCGCUUAUCGCCACGUGCAUUUUUGAUGGUAAUCCCAGUCCAACGUCUUGCAAAGGCCGAAACAUUUAAACAAACCCCCGCCAUGUCGUCUGACCCCGGUCAAAGGUCGCAUUUUGUGGCCGAAGCAAUGACGGCCCCUUAUCCAUUGACAGUCAAAUUGUAUUAGACCGGAAUAUAUCCCCUGCUUUCUUUUCCGCAUUUUUUCCAAAAUCCGACAGAAGCGGCCUGAUCCAACACAUCCUUUUCAGUUUCAUAUAAAAAAACAACCCUAUCGUGCAAUUUUAAGCCCAGACAGGCGCGAAUUUAUCGUGGUUUUUAUUCCAAUUCGCGAUAUGAGUUCGACAAAGCGGAAGCGCGACGCGGCGGAAAACGUGCCGCGCAAAAAUGCAAAAACCUCGCCCGAGGAUUGGGUGGAAGGCCGAACCAACCGCGAGCUGGCAAAGCCUUACCUGCUCGCGGUGGCCAAGAUGCCGGUAGACGCAUUGGAUACCACGUGGAGCGUCGGCAGGAACCGCGCCCUCGACCACGGCCACGUGCGCAGGUUGAGGGAGACGUUCGCAACCACCGGCCUCGAGCGAAAUGCGGACGAGAACAGGCUUUUGCUCCUUUGCAGCGCCGACGAGGUGCGGCGGGCCAAGUCCGAGCACGGACCGCCGGACGGCGACGUGCUCACCUUUUUCAACUGGGCUACCAUUAACGACCAGGCAGAGGUGAUGGCGGGGCAGCAUCGCAUCCAGGCGCUGCGGGAAUAUGUUCGGAAGGCCAAGGCCCCGCCGAGCGAGAUGUGGUGGACCUGCGAGCUGUACGACAGAGACCGCCUGCCGUCCGAGCUCAACAUCAAAAUGCGAAUCAACCGACGAGACCCUGGGUUGCCCGACAACCAAGGACAAAUCUGGCUGCAGCUCAUGUCGAUCGCUUCCGAUCCGGCAGGGUCGCUCGCGCCCGGAAACACCGUCAAGAUCGACAACAAGCUCGUCGGGGCGCUCCGCCUCGGUGGCGAGAAGAAUUUCCCCACGCGCCGGCUGGUGUCCAUUUGGAACCGCAAAGCGUGGCGCGAAAGGGUUACGAAAUGGUGCAGCACGAGGCUCGGAAUGGAAACGUUUAACAUAUCGAAUUUCGAAUGGCUGGCCAGGUUACGAAUCGACGAAUAUUGGUUCGACACACUGGACGCGGCGCUCCACACGCUCGAGGCCUUACCACUGGACGAAAAGGCAUACCUCGGGCGGGAGGAAUGGUCCAGGCUGGCACGUGCCCUGGACGGCAAAACCCGGGACGACCUAAGCAUCGCCGUCGAUGGGCUGUUUUACACGGAAAAAAAGGGACGCCGCACCAGAACCGAGAAUUUACUCCCUCACCUGUCCGACGAGGCCUACGAGGCCGUCGUGCACGCAGCCGCAACCGGCAACCUCGCAUUCCCAGACGUCAAACACCAGCUCCGCCCUCGCAAAGAGGAAAUGCUGUUGACGAUUUCUAUAUUGCAGCACGUGGUUGCCUGGAUAAACCCAGCCUGCGCCCUCGAGAUAGACGACAUCAGCCCGACCGCCAAAGACAAGCCACCCAUCUGCGUUUAUUUGUUAAAAGCACUUUCCCGGAUGGCCGCCGAAAGGGGCGACGACGAAUACCCCGACGACGCCGCUCGGACCAUUCAAAGGGUGGUACUGCAAUUCGCGGAAAAACACAUAGCUGAAAUAAAGGCCCUGUCGCCCUCGACGUCGCAACCCCUGACCCUUGUCGACAGCCCAGCAUACGCCCAGAGAUUCAAGCACCCCGUAUGGGCACGCAUUCUCCGCCUGGUGCGUCGAACAACCGACACGCCUGGGGGCCCAGUACUCCGGUCCGCGUGGCAAAUGGAUUGCGCGACGCGACAAGUCCGCAAACAAGAUGAAAUGUCGAUAAUGGUGCGCGGUUUCUGUAUAGUAGGGGGCGUUUCCCGCACCUAACCAGUAAUACUUAAUCGUCUCUUUCAACGAGACGAUGGAUUUUGUAUGGACGCCAAAGCUGCAGGGAUGAUGACAGGGGGU